AAGUAUUAUCCAAAGCUUUAACUCUUGCAAUUGGUGGGUUUAACAUCAGCGUGACUAUCGGGCCGGCCUCCUCCUCCGGAGAAACCAGCCGAGGUUUCGAUGCUACUUAGGAAGUUUUUGAUGCUCGCAAAUCAACAAACAGGUUCCAUUGAAAUUGAUAAUUUUACCCUGCAGAAAGGAUGCACUUUUUAAAAUUUCUUGCACUCUCAAGGCAAGUUUGUAUUGGACGAGCGGGAUGAUUAAGCGGGGAGGGGAAUUGGAUUUAAUGGGGGUAUUUUAGGGAGAAUGAGAUCUUUGUCUAGGAGUUUUUGGAAAAUGAAGCCUGUAAUGGUAGUUUUGGAAAAAUCAGGGGCCUAAAAGCUUUCCCCCGGCUGAGUUAUAGGGCUCGCCGGCUUGAUCGCAAGGCUCCCGAAGAAAUCCUGAUCGCGGGUCCUUGAGGAUUUCUCCUCGUUCUCGACGCUGCCUAUCUGCGAAUCCAUGGCGUCCCGGCGGCGUAUGCUUCUCAAAGUCAUCAUACUAGGCGACAGCGGGGUUGGAAAGACAUCGCUGAUGAAUCAAUAUGUAAACAAGAAGUUCAGCAAUCAGUAUAAAGCCACCAUUGGAGCCGAUUUUUUGACUAAGGAAGUCCAGAUCGAUGAUAGAUUGUUCACCUUGCAGAUAUGGGACACAGCAGGACAGGAAAGGUUUCAGAGCCUUGGUGUGGCUUUCUAUCGUGGAGCUGAUUGUUGUGUCCUUGUCUAUGAUGUUAAUGUUAUGAAAUCAUUUGAUAAUUUGAAUAAUUGGCGUGAGGAAUUUCUGGUUCAGGCUAGUCCAUCAGACCCUGAGAACUUCCCUUUCAUAGUUUUGGGUAACAAGAUUGAUAUUGAUGGUGGAAACAGCCGUGUGGUCUCUGAAAAGAAAGUGAAGGCAUGGUGUGCUUCAAAGGGAAACAUUCCCUAUUUUGAGACGUCAGCUAAAGAAGGGUUCAAUGUGGAAGCUGCUUUUCAGUGUAUUGCCAAAAAUGCCCUAAAGAAUGAACCAGAGGAAGAUAUAUAUCUACCGGAUACAAUCGAUGUGGCAGGACGUGCAACCCAACAGCAGUCAUCUGGUUGCGAGUGUUAGAUGGAACUAGACCAGGAUUGUUACCUGCCAUAUUAACCGACUCAUUAUGCUCUCGGCUUCACCUGUAAUGUAGGUCAUACUUAAGUGGUGAUUGGUACUAGUCAUGUUUUUCUUGUUUAUGUCAUGUACAACUCUUGUUCUAUCUUUUUGCCAUCAUUCAAUGAGAAGUGAUUCUUUUCCCGA